AUGAGAGAAACGUGGCUUGAAAAUAAUGGUGAUCCAUCCGUUGGAGAGCAAGCUCUGGCAGACAUGAAACAAAGUAUCCUUCGUACUCAAUAUUUCAGCGAGAUUGAAUUAGAGAGAAUAAAACAAAAGGCACAUAUACUUUGUAGAGAAAUCGAUAAUGCCGGUAAUGACGAAACCAGCGACGAUCAUGGGGAUGGUGAUGACAAAAAUGCCGGUCCUGACAAUGCCAACGAUGGCCAUAGAUAUGCUGAUGACAAGAAUGCCGUCGAUGGCGAUGCCAACGGCGACCAUGGUAAUGACGAUGACAACGAAAACCAUGAUGGUGAUGACAAUAAUGUCGGUGUUGAUGAUUUCAACGAUGGCCAUGAUGAUGCUGACAACAAUGAUACCGGUGAUGACGAUACCAAUGAUGAUCUCGGUGAUGCUGAAGUCAAUAAUGCUGGCAAGCCUAAUGACGAUGCCAACGACGACCAUGCUGAAGCUAAUAACGAUGAAGCAGAUAAUGACAGUGUUGCUAUAAACGAUAACCAUGGCGAUGUUGUGAACAAUGACACAGCUGAUGAUGACUAUGAUGCCGAUAUUGAUGGUAAGAAUGUGUAUCAUAAAGGCAGGAACGAAGGAGGCCAACCAAAUAAAGACGGGAGAGUAGAAACGUGUGACAAGAGAUUAUCAAGACAUCCACCCAAGGCCAAUGAUACGACAUGGCCAGCCAAUUAUAAUGAAAAUUCGAAGAUCACAGAUACACAAUCGCUACACAGCAAAGUGAGGAGGAAAAGAGAAAAGAAAUUAUGGUCAAAUAAAGAGAAGGAAAAUCUUAUGACUUGCUUCUACUUUGCGACUGAUGUAUCUCAUAAAACUAGACAUUACAGGAAGAGAAUGAGAGAAACGUGGCUUGAAAAUAAUGGUGAUCCAUCCGUUGGAGAGCAAGCUCUGGCAGACAUGAAACAAAGUAUCCUUCGUACUCAAUAUUUCAGCGAGAUUGAAUUAGAGAGAAUAAAGCAAGAGGCACACAUACUUUGUAGAGAAGUCAAUAAUGCCGGUAAUGACGAUACCAUCGAUGACCAUGGGGAUGCUAAGGACAGUGAUCAUGACAAUGCCGGCACUGGUGAUACCAAUAAUGGCCCUGAUGAUAAUGCCGAUGUUGUUGAUGCCAACGAAGACCAUGGUGAUAGUGAUGACAAAAAUGCCGAUGAUGAUGUCAUCGAGGACCAUAAUGAUGCUGAUGACAAAAAUACCGGUGAUGAUGAUGCCUACGAGAUCUAUGGCCAUUCUGACUACAAUAGUGCCAAUGGUGACGAAGCCAAAGUAGGAAAAUCGAUGAUUCUAGACACACAAUAA